AUGGUUUGCGCGAGGUGCCAGAAGCUCUUCAAGGGCACCACCCUUGCCACGCCCGAGGUCAAGAAGAAGAGCGAAAUGUAUUACGGCUCCUCCUCCACCAAAGCAGCAGGCACGAAGCCAUCGGCGACGAUCGGCCAGAAUGAGCAAGCUUUUGUCCAAGUCGGCCAAGAACCCCUACGCUCAAUAUUCCAGGUGGAUAUGAACCCAGACCUGACGGACGAGUUGGGGUCCCUGACGUUGACUCUCUUUUCGCAGCUCGUAACGAUGGUGGGUUCUCAUGCCACCGACCCUGCCGGUCCCAUAAAGCUGACGGCCCAAGCAGCGUGCGCCAUGUGUGGCAAAGCAAACAAGAAGAGCACUACCAAGGCGCCCGUCAUUUCCGGACAAAAGUUCACGUUGAAGUGA